CAGGACUCUCUGCUCGUUACAAAAUGAGAAUUGUUUUUCAUUCUCUUGCAUUGUCUAAAAAACAAUUGCAAAUUGCAAAGUGUUGUCAGCAAAUUUCAUCUUCUACAAAACGUUUAUUAUCCACUAGAAAAGUGCUUGAAAUGAUCGGAGAAACUACUAAAACAACUGCUGCCAUCGAUUAUCCAACUCCCCGCAAAGAUGAGAGUUACGUGGAAAAAUUACACGGCGUCGAAAUCAAAGACGUCUAUCGUUGGCUAGAAGACCCUGAUUCGGAAGAAACAAAGAAAUAUGUCGAUUUGCAAAAUGAAAUUAGUCAGCCUUUUUUGGAAAAUUUUGAAGCUUGGAAGAAAAUCAAUGAAAAGUUGUCGAAAUUGUGGAAUUACGAAAAAUAUGGUUGCCCCACGAAACAUGGUGAUUACUAUUACUUCUACAAGAAUACCGGCUUGCAAAACCAGAGUGUUUUGUACCAACAGGACACGUUGAACGGAGAGCCACGCUUAUUUUUCGAUCCUAAUGCUUUGUCGACAGACGGCACUAUAGCUUUGGCUCAAAAAUCAUUUUCCGAAGAUGGCAAAUAUAUGGCAUAUGGUCUGAGUGAAAGUGGUUCGGAUUGGGUAAAGAUCUAUGUGCGCAAUGUAGAAACCGGCAAAGAUUUGGAUGAAGUCUUGGAAAAGGUUAAGUUCUCCGACAUAUCUUGGACCAAGGAUAACAAGGGUUUCUUCUACGGUCGUUAUCCUGGACAAGAGGGAAAAACUGAUGGUUCGGAAACCAAACAAAAUGAAUUUCAAAAGCUUUACUACCAUUAUCUGGGACAACCUCAGGAGAAAGAUAUACUGAUAGCCGAGUUUCCCGAAGAGCCAACGUGGCGCAUACAAUCUGAAGUUUCGGAUUGUGGCAAAUACCUUAUAAUGCCCAUAGUAAAAGACUGUCGCGAUAACAUACUUUACUAUGCCAAUCUGGAAGAAGCUGGCGAAAUUACCGGCAAACUAAAAGUUUAUAAAAUUGUAGAGAAAUUUGAAUCCGAUUAUCAAUAUGUUACAAAUUUGGGUUCAAAGGUUUUCUUUAGAACAAACAAAAAUGCUCCCAAUUAUCGUAUUAUUGCCAUAGAUUUUGAUGAUUAUGCUGAAGAAAAAUGGGAAACGUUAGUCGCCGAACAUGAAACUGAUGUUUUGGAUUGGGCCCGUUGUGUGGAUGAUGACAAACUUGUAUUGUGCUAUAUACAAGAUGUCAAGAGUGCCUUGCAGGUGAAUUCUUUAAAGGACGGCAAACUGAUUAGUAAAUUUGAGUUGGACAUUGGUACGGUAAUGUCCUUUUCAGGCGAUAAAAAAUAUUCGGAAAUUUUCUACAAUUUUUCCUCUUUCCUUAAUCCGGGAACCAUAUAUCAUUAUGAUUUUAAAUGGAACGAUUUCAAGCCAAAAGUAUUGCGUGAAAUUAAAUUGAAUUUGGAAAACUUUUCGGCUGCCAAAUAUAAGGUGGAACAAGUAUUUUAUAAGAGCAAGGAUGGCACCAAAGUACCCAUGUUUAUAAUUUACAAGAAUACCGAUGUCAUUAAGCCAAGACCUUGCCUUUUAUACGGUUAUGGUGGUUUCAAUAUCAGUAUGCAGCCUUCCUUUAGUAUUUCUGGUCUUAUGUUCAUUGACUCGUUCGAUGGCGUACUGGCCUAUCCCAAUUUACGCGGUGGUGGUGAAUAUGGUGAAAAAUGGCACAAUGCCGGCCGUUUAUUGAAUAAACAAAAUGUAUUUGAUGAUUUUCAAACUGCAGCUGAAUAUUUAAUGGAAAAUAACUAUACUACCAAAGAUCGAUUGGUUAUACAAGGUGGCUCGAAUGGUGGUCUGCUAGUUGGUGCUUGCAUAAAUCAACGACCAGAUCUCUUUGGUGCUGCUGUAGCUCAAGUGGGUGUUUUGGAUAUGUUACGUUUCCAUAAAUUCACCAUUGGUCAUGCCUGGUGUUCGGACUACGGCAAUCCCGAUGAAAAGGAACAUUUCGAGAAUCUUUUGAAAUAUUCGCCACUGCACAAUGUUCACACACCUAAGUCGCCUGAAGAGGAAUAUCCUGCUACUUUAAUAUUAACAGCUGAUCAUGAUGAUCGUGUUAGUCCUUUGCAUUCAUUGAAAUUCACUGCAGCUCUACAGGAGGCUGUUCGCAAUUCAGAACAUCAAAAGAAUCCAAUUUUAUUGCGUGUCUAUAGUAAAGCUGGUCAUGGUGCUGGCAAGCCAACAUCGAAGCGCAUCGAGGAGGCCACCGAUGUUCUUACGUUUAUGCUUAAAAGCCUUAAGGUUGAAAAUGUAAAUAUUUAAAGGAAGUAUAUGGACCAAUAUGUAUUAACAAAGUUUGUAUUUCACAAUAAUCUAGCGCCAUCUUUUAUAAAUAAAACAUUUAAUAUAUUGUUAAACUAAUAUUCAUUCAUACAUUGAUAUAAAUGAAAUCGUAAUCAAAUCUAUUAUAGCUCAUUCUAUAUAUAUAAAAAAUAACACUUUGUUAGUGCAUGAUAAUAAUAAAACUUUUUUUAUCUAAUGUAUAACAUUACAAAUUAUUAAGUAAAUAAAUGCAUUUAAUAACAGCU